CAGUCUCUGUGGUGAAGAGGAGGCGGCGAUGGAGGAGGCGCAGAAGCGCGAUCGCAGCGGCCGCGGCGCAGGUACCAAAGUAAAGGCGGAUGAAAGAGGGGUUUGGGGAGGCGAUUUUUUACUCAGCUCCAUGAGAAGCUGCUGCCGGUCAUUAGUGUCCGAUGGCUCCCCGCCGCGCGCCCCGCCUCAGCCCAGAAUGCCAGCCGCCCGUGCCGAGCAGAGCCCGCGGAUCCGGGAAGUUUGGGCUUGCAACCUGGACGAGGAGAUGAAGAAAAUGCGGUCCGUUAUCCUGAAAUACAAUUACGUGGCUAUGGAUACGGAGUUCCCAGGUGUGGUGGCGAAACCUGUCGGAGAAUUCAGAAGCUACGCCGACUACCAGUACCAACUGCUGAGGUGCAAUGUGGACUGGCUGAAGAUCAUCCAGCUGGGGCUGACGUUCAUGAACGAGCAAGGAGAGUGCCCCCCGGGAACCUCCACGUGGCAAUUCAACUUUAAAUUCAAUCUAAAGGAGGAUGUGUACGCCCAGGAUUCCAUAGAGCUCCUGACCAUGUCCGGGAUCCAGUUCAAGAAACAUGAAGAAGAGGGGAUCGAGACCCAGUAUUUUGCGGAGCUCCUGAUGACAUCGGGAGUGGUGCUGUGUGAAGGGGUCAAGUGGCUAUCCUUUCACAGCGGCUAUGACUUCGGCUACUUCAUCAAGAUGCUCACCAACUCUCCUUUGCCCGAAGAAGCCCGCGACUUCUUCGAGAUUCUCCAACUGUUCUUUCCGGUCAUCUAUGAUAUCAAGUACCUCAUGAAGAGUUGUAAAAACCUCAGGGGUGGACUGCAGGAAGUGGCCACUCAGCUGGAGCUGGAGCGCAUAGGGUCCCAGCACCAGGCAGGGUCCGAUUCACUACUCACAGGUAUGACCUUUUUCAAAAUGAGAGAAAUGUUCUUUGAAGACCACAUCGACGAUGCAAAGUAUUCUGGCUACCUGUACGGCCUCGGUUCGGGAGCUACCCACGUCUACAACAACGGUCACCCCGGCUUCCAGAAUCGCUUCCCGGGCCCCUGCCACACCACCUACCAGAGAGGUUUCCAGAACAGUUUCCAGGGCGUCCAGUAUGUCCACUACAGCAGAGAACCAGUAUGGAGAGGAGACCACCAAGCAUUCAUGAGAGUGCAAGAGAUGCCAGUGUUUGAGGAUGAGGACCAUCAAGUCUACACUUACAGAGAAUGAAUCUGCUCAGAUUAUCUAUUUCAGCAGAAGGUUGGAGUUUCCUUGAAGUUUGCCCGAAAAUUGAUCAUCUGCCAAUUUUACACAGCAUUGCCUUGUUUUAGACCCACGGAGCAGAGUAUGUUCACUGUGCUGCAAAUUGUUGACUCAGUUACCCUAACCCAAGAAGAAAAAGAACUUGGUGAAUGCUUUUCUUGAUGUUUCAUCUUCUAAACACCUAGAGGUGUUCUUGGUUUUAAAUUGGUAUAUGUAUUAUUACAUCUGUGACUGACAAAUCAGCAAAGUUACCUGUAACUGGCUUUUCAAGAUCUGUCUCGGAGCUUACAUCCAAGGAGCCUGAACUUCUGUUAACAGCACCGUUCCUAUUAUUUCCCUUUUGUCUUUUAAUUUUACCAACAUUUCUUUUUUCUCCUCACUCCUCUCCCACCUUUCAAAUAUAAUCAUGUUUACCAUGUGUUUGAAUUGAUGAUUCUGCAAGUCGUCAUAACAGAAAGUCCAAAGAGAGCAAAGUCACCUUAGUUAUAUUUUAUACCAAAUUAAAUUUGAAGAAAUAAAAUUGUGCUUUUGUAGUUGCUAGAAAGACAAAAGUAAUUCAGAGCCUUGUUCUAAAACAACAAAAAGUCCCUAAAAUGAACUUGAAUAGUUUUAGUCAUCUAAGGACUAUAAUGAUUAUUUAUUUUUGCGUGUAUAUUUUUGCCAUAUGUUUUCUAUUGUCAGAAAUAACGAUGAAGUACUUUCUUAGCCAAGCAGAUUAUGUGAGCAGGUCAGAGCGCAUGAAGGAAGAAUUUGGUCAUUAGUAAUCAAAUACUACCCAGAAACUAUGGAUGGCAAGUGUGUAUAUGUAUGUUACCUACACUUCAAUCAGUAUAUUAUCUGUUUUCCAGAUGGGCUUGUCUCCCUUAUCUUUUAAUACUCUUCUCAUUAAGUUUGCUAGAACCUUGACUCACUGGGAAAUAUUCAUUGAAUGAACCUCAAAGGAGUUUGGUGGUAGUGAGAGAUGGCAAUGGAGAGAAAGGAAUAUUCAAACUCCUUCACUGUGAUGGAGUGGGAAGGAGAGUGGGAGUUGAAUUGGGAGGAGAGCAGGAAAAUGAGUAAAAGUGCAAUCGCAGCCAGAUCUUGGUGAGGGCAGGAAGAAGGAAGGAGUAGAAAAGGAGAAGCUGGUAUCACUCCUAAUGCCCAGUCCAGUGCCAUGUACAGAGCAGGCAUUUGAUGAAUGUAUUGUUCUUAGACCCUUUGGCUUCUUUCUAGGCUCAGGCCAAGGGACAUCUUUUGCAGGAGGCCUUUCCCAGCUCCCUCAGCUGCUAGUGCCUUCCCCUCGCAUAUUGCCUUCCACCUACUCUGUUUAUAUAUUGUGCGUACAUAGUUAUUUACAAGUUUUCUUCCCUGUUAUAAAGAUAGUAUUUUUUGCUUUCCAUUGUAUACUCAGUGCUUAGCACAGUGUUUGGCACACAGUAAGGACCUAAUAAAUGUUUGUUGAUU